UCCUUUCGGUUCGACGACAGUUUUUCCUCAAUCUUCGUCGCGUUCGGUCGGUUGGCUCGUUUCGGGUGCGUGUGCUCUUUCUUCGUGCGUGCGGGUGCUCUUCUUAGUGGGUGUCUGCCUGUGCACCAUUCACUCUUUUUCCCUGCUCGGGAUUUUCUUUUCAUUCUGGAUCUUUGCCAUCGCUGAGUGUUUGUUGGUCACACGACUUUAAAUCUGCAUUUUCAACUUUAAAUAUCUCUACGGGUUUCAGUGUCCGACUGUCGUGCUUUUUUUUUCUCAAGAUCCUGCACAUCGGUUGGAUUUCACCUUUCUUUGAAGUGGAUCGUCGACGAUCGAGGUAUUCAAGCAGAUUGAAAGUGAAUUUGCACAAAUCGAAGUGAAUAAUUUGCACAGUGCUAGAAGAAAAUGGUUAGCAAUUAACCAAUCUACAGAUCUACGAAUGGGAAAUUUAGCAAAUCUCGUCUUCUCGAGGUCGAAUGUUUGUCAUUGUGAACGUGGCUGCUUCAGCUCACAUUAGUGUCGAGAUAAAUUCGUUCGGAAUCGCCCCACAGGAAGUGCUCCGCGAAUGUAAAAAUUCCAAGUUUCAAAAUUUGCAGCUUCGAAAAAAUGUUGUGACUGGGAUUUCGAAAUUCUAAGGCAAUAUUAUCUGCGGCAUUUGAAAUCAACAUACAAAAGUGCUAAAGUUCGCUAGAAGGAAAAAAUACCAGAGCAAAUAUUUCACCAAUACCAAAACACCCACAACACAUCGGCUCAUCGAAAUUUGCGGAUAUGCUAUCUGGGGGAUGGUGAUUCCUACUAGCUGAGGAAAAUCUCUCCCGCGCACUCGCUUCCACUAGCCCAGAGCUAGCUAGCCAGCAGUCGUAGUAGAGAUAGUGCGGGUGCCGAGAAUUUUUCCGAAUUUUCAUCUCACUGCCACAAGCCCGAUCCGACACGAACGUUGUUGUUGGCUGUUAAGUUUGAGUGUGGCGCGACAGAAGCAGCCGGAGCAGUCCGAACAACCGGAUCGGGGCAGUUUUUCGUCGUGAAACGAGCCAAAGUAGAAACCGGCCGUUAGUGCCGGUGGGAAAAAAGGGACGACGGUGGACCGAGAGGAAAAACAACGAUUUCGCCUAUUAGCCAAAAAGUUAAUGUCUUGUUUUGCGGGACCGCGUCGACGAGAGGAUUUCGAGUGUUGAUGUCUACCUACAUAGCUAGCGGAGAGUCGAGUGGAUUUUGACUUUUGGGGGGGAGAUGUGAAGUGAAACGUGCUCAGGAAGCCGGCAAAAUAUUGUAGUUAUAUCAAUACGCGUACCGACUUAUCAGCAAACAAUCUUGAAGGGCUUCCCAUGGCUUGAGCAGCUACCUCGAGGAAAGUGAUUGGAUUGGAUCAAAAACGUAAAUUCUUGGAGCCGGAGCGAUUGAGUGAGGAGCAGAAAUAUCCGAUGCACCAUGGCGCUAGUGAUGUUACCUUGCGAUCUGCCCUGGUGGUCCAACGUGCAGAAGAAGCUGUCACAGAUCGAAGAAACGCCCACCCUGGAAGUCAUCCUGGAGGUGAUGCAGAAGUUGCACGAACUAUGCAACGUAAGUCUGGAUCCGGAUGACGAUGGCAAGGACCACGCGGUAUUCGAGGGCCUGAAGCACUAUGUUGAACAGACGCUAGGCGAAGAAGAACGGAAGCACUUUCUACAGCGCACCGUGCGAAGCAUUGCUCGACAUGCCAAGGCUCUCAAGUUGCACCGCCCACCGCGAGGUCUCAGCUUUAGUCUGCAGCAGCAGACGGACUGUUACGAGUUGAGCUACCGGCUGGUGGCCUCCCUGCUGGGUAACGCAUUCUUCUCCACAUUUCCAAAACGCACCGAGAAGACUCACCCGACGCUACAAGACUUCAAUUUUACUCAUUUUUUUAGUGGAUUAGUAGAAAGUAACGUACAAAAGGCCAAAUUUAGGAGCUUUCUCAACUAUUUCGAUUGGUUGGAAGACAAUCCGGAUGUACUGAACGGAACGCUCAAAGUUAGUAGAAAAGUGAUGACUGGGAAACAAUGGUUAACAAUAGAAGAUUGGUUGGAAUGCGGGUUACCUUUAUGUGAUGUUGAAAUCAAACACGAGGGACGUUUGGAUAAAGCUAGCUCCGACACCAUGCAGACGGUGUUUUCGAGUGCUCGGCUAGGCGGAGACGCGUUGAGUGCUGGCGAUUCACAGGAAUCGUUACAAUUUUUUACAUUUCCCGAACUAUUGGCUGUUUUGUUAUACGUAGAGGCAUUGGAAGACAAUGAAUCGUUACAAAUAGAGAAUGCUCAUCACAUGUCCCGGAUAAUAGAGCCGAAGGGCAGAGCAUUGUUCGAAAGGAUAGAACAGCCCAAAAAGACCACGUUGAGUUGUAUUGAUGCGGAGAACUAUCGCACCCUGCCGUCGCAGCAGUUCGAAGAGGAUGAUAUUUUGCGAGAGUUGAACAAGUGCCUUCUAUCGUUCAGACAGAAUACAACCUGUCCUGUGGUGGAACCAAGACCCAGUGAGAAGCAGCGACCGAAUCGAUUAGAGCAGCUAGAAAAUACCUCAAACAAAGGACGUCUAUCACCAAUUGGUGAAAAAGAUCGAGAAGGUUCAACGCCGGGAUCACCAGAUGUGUGUACAACUGUAUUCAUUACUCAAGCUACAGAAAAUUCUAAACGUUCCAGCAGUGACUCGAACAAACUUGAAAAAGACAUCAACAAAAGACGAUCGUGGCUCUCACCGGAACGACCUUGUGGAGCUCUUUCGAACUGUUCGACGGGAUCGACAAGCGGGGUGCUAACCGGUGGCCACAGAGGCCGAUUCAUAGUUCUAGGAUCAUCCGGAGAAUGCCUCCCUGUAAAUCGACACCCAUUGCGAAUUCCCAUCCAAAAUGAUUCCUAUUCCAGUUGUGAGUCCAGCAAUGAUGAAUUUCACAGCGCUCGCGACAGUUUCGAUGAGGACGAUGAAGAUGGCUUGCGGGCCAGGAAGUAUUCCAACGAUCUAGACACUCCGGAAAGGAGAUUCACAUUUGCUCAGAGGCUUCGGGAAGCAUUACAAGACAAUAAACUACCGUCGGCGAGUACCGAGGAAGGCAGCUAUGCGGUAGGAAUCAGUGUAACCGGGUCCCAACCAAAAGAUCAGAACAUUCGUGUCAAACGUGGAGGGUCGUGUGGGUUCGUGCUUGAUGGAUCGAUGGGAAGCACUUCCGAGGAGCGAGAUUGGUUCGAUCGAUGUAAAAAGAAGCAGAAUGGUUUGCUGGAACGAAGGGAAACAAACGAGUCUUCCAGGUACAGUUUCGAUUCAGAUUUGGGAUCGGAGCUGGAGGAGGUGUACGAGAAAUUUGCCAAGUGGUUAGAAGAACCGAUCAGUGGUGAUAAGCCGAAGAAGCUGGACGCUCGAGACGAGGCCGUGCUCCGGUUCGCCAAUUCGCUACUCAAGCGAACGUUGAGUGAAAGCUUCGUAGGAAUUCCCCUCACGGACGACGCCCUCAGCGGGGAGAAAGGAUCAGACGGUACCACUGUCCGUAGCAACAUCAGCCAGCAAGAUAAGGUAGUACUGAAUGUGAGGUCCCUGUCCCUGGAACUGGCCAAACACAAGCACAAACUAGCAGCACAAUUGCGCAAUGAGUAUCUGGCCCUGGAACCGGCGAAACUGUUCAAAUGUCCCAACAUUCAACUGACUCAAGCCGACCAGCGAAAGCUGUUGCAUCGAUUGCGAUCGAGUAGUUCGAUCUGUUCUACCACAUCCGGACCGCAGCCGGUGAUUUCGACGAGACCGAAAAAGAAAACACGAAGGCGACCGAUCGAGCGGCAAUCUUCGCUCAAAACUCGGCUGCAAAAUUACAAACCGAGCUGGUCAGUUUCCUACUAUCAGGAUGUUAAGUGCGAAGAUGUUACCCUAAAGAUAUCUCAGAUAGCACAAAAGCGAACGUUCAAUGUGAACCUUCGACCAGUGGCAACCGGAAACUGGGGCUGUGGAGACACGAAACGGGGAGAUGUGCAGCUUAAGCUGGUGAUCCAAUGGAUGGCUGCCAGUGUUGCCGGAAUUCCGUACCUCAUCUACUACACCGCUGGCAGUGAGAAACUUUCGAAGCUGGACACAGUUUGUCGGGUGUUGAAAGAUCGCAAAUGGACGGUCGGUGAACUGGCGGCAGCUACACUAUCUCACGCCAAGGACAUCCUGGAGGAUCCCUUGUACUACAACAAUGAUCGAAACUACAGCUCAUUCUUCGACAAGCUGAUCCGCUUGGAGAGAGGCACCUCAGGCCAAAUUCAAUAGCGAGGUCCGGGAACCAAUGAUGAUUAGUUAGAACUCCAAUAUUAAUGGAUUAUAAGUAAACAAAACAGCUUACAUUUUACAUCUAACUUCUAUAUACAGAAAAGACACCAUCUUAACAGUAAAGGAAAGUUAAAAAACAGGAGAAAAACAUCUCAACAUCCCUGGCGUUGCUAAAGGAAUGUAACAGAAAAGCAAUAUUUAUUGUUGUUAUAUAUAGCUUUGUACUAUUGCAAGGUAGAAAUUGUGUUUUUUGUAAAUGCAUAUACAAAACAGAAUAACUUAGCCACAAACUGAAGAUAAAGUCUUCCUGCGAUGACUUAUAAAAAAAACAUUAAAUAUGAUAUAAACUGUUAUACAUUUUACACAAUAAGCCAUUCGAAAGAAAAUAAAACAGUCGUAAUUUUAGUUUCAUUUCAAGUUAGCUAGGGUUUAUGGGGGAAAAGACUUAAGUAAUUUUUGAUUAUCUGCUGAAUAUAUUGAGUCCUUUUUAGUUCUAAGGUUCGUAACACAAACCAGGCCAAAUGUAGCUAAACAAAAUUAAAUUUAUAACUCAAUUGUAGUUUCUGGAAAGAUUAUCACCCGUAUCAUAUACAAAACCAACCAACAAUAAACUUUUCAGCUAGUGGUUUUUGUUUCCGUUUCGAAUAUCCAUAGUUUAUGACCGUAAUAUAUUAAUCUGU